AUGUCCGUCGCAUCACUAGAGCUGCGUUGUCUUGUCCUCAACGACAAUCCAGAAUUGCUUUCUUUCAUUGUUAGAAUCGAGGACAACUACUUCGUCAGUGAGCUCAAGCAAGUGAUCAAAACCAAGGCGGCGCCUCAUCUCAACAAUGUCUUUGCACCAACUCUUCUCCUCUGGAAGUGCGCCAUUCCAAUGGAACAAGACAUCAUCGAAGAUAUUCGACUAGAUGGUACCGAUCGUCGUAUUUCCCGCAUCGCGGGUGACCACCGACUUUCAGAGCUAUGGAGUGGGGAUUUGCCCCCAAACACCAUUCACAUCUUGGCCCAAGCACCAGCGGAACUUCUAGAACCAGUUGCCGAUGAAGCAGACUCGCCUCCGCGAAAGCGAACUCGAAUUGAUUUUGAUCUAUCGAAAAAUACUGGAUUACGCUCAACAAUCACACCGUUCAGUUCAAACGACUCGAAACUUUCUGUCCCCAGCGAUGGCUCUGGCAAGCCUCGGCUUCUUCAUGCAGGAGAAGUAAAGCGUGAACAUCAACUUAUGUUCCUGCUCUAUGACGCGCUCUGGAAGAAGGGGAAGCAAGCUUGGACUGAGAUCUCUCAUAUCGUCAAAGAGCAUGUUCCAGAUCCAUUUAUCACUCCUAGGCAGGCCGAGGAAACUGUUCCAGAUCCACCUGAGGAGGAUCAAAUUACGAUUGUCGAUCUUACUUCCCUUUUGGGCUGGACGGCAAAGGAUGUAAAGUUGGAUGUUCUGAUUCCUAUCGUUCUAGUCCGAGACGAUUAUAUCCAACUCGACGAUUUUUUGGGAUCACAUUCUGAACAUGUCCUCCUUUUAGGGCAGCUCGGCAUAGGAAAGACCAUUUACCUCACGUAUUGUCUUUUGAGGCGACUCCUCGCUGGUCUACCCACCAUAUUUGCGAAGACCGGCGAUAUCCGUUAUAUAUUUUUAGAUUCGGGCGUUCACUGGAUCCCAUCGAAUUCAUUCAGAAUGUCAGAAGAUCCACUGUUCACUGAUCAAGUCGACAAUACACUUGUGUUGUUUGAUCUUAACGAAGAGCAAUCAACACCAGAACGAUUCCUUCACUGGAGAAUUUUAGCGUCGUCAUCACCGAAAUCGGGACGAUAUCGGGAGUGGUCGAAGCACCGAGGGGCUGAACAUUGGGUGAUGAGGACAUGGUCGUGGGAAGAAAUCUACUUUGCUCGGAAAACUGCUACUAACAACAGGUCGUUAAAAGAAUUGUUUGAAGCGUUUAGAAAAUACGGGGGGACAGCAAGAAAUCUUUUGACCAGGUCUCCAAAGCGGGUGGAGAGUGAAAUUGGCUUUGCUAUUAGUAACUGCACUAAUUUUAGUUCCCUCUUUCCGGCUUCGCGCGAUUUCAGAGAAGAAACGAGAGUUAUAGGUCGAUUGGUAUAUCUCGAUCCAGAUCGCCGAUACUUUCUGCCUUCUUUUUGA